AUGCUUGAUUUGACUUCCUUGAUUAGCUUCUUUGUGUUAGGAGUUAUAGGAUGGGCUACUUAUAAAAUGUAUAUUUGGCCAGUUUAUCUUACCCCUUUGAGAAAAAUUCCUGGUCCACCAUUUGAAAGUCUAUUUUACGGAAAUUAUAAAAAAUUUAUGAAAGAAGAGGUUAAUGAGCCACAACUUGAAUUGACAAAAAAAUAUGGAAAUAUAGUAAAAUAUUACGAAAUAUUUAAUCAACCAGCUCUUUUAAUCACAGAUACAACAAUAGUUCAAGAUAUUACAUUAAGUCAUAGUUAUGAUUAUAUUAAACCUGUGAACAUUCUAUCAGAUUCUGUUGCAUUUAUCGGUAAUGGUCUUGCACUUUCGGAAGGUAAUGUUCAUAAGAGACAAAGAAAGAUGAUGAAUCCAGCUUUCACUUAUAGCAAUAUUAAGAAUAUGGUUCCAACAUUUACUCGAAUAGCUUCUAAGUUAAUAAGUGUAAUAACUGAAGAUACAAUAAAUUUAGGAGAAUCUAAAAUUAAAAUUGCACCUUAUCUUUCAAAAGCUACUUUAGAUAUCAUUGGCUUAGUUGGAUUUAAUUACGAAUUCAAUACAUUAACAUCUCCGAAUGAAUUAGCUAAUGCUUAUAACGCUAUUGUUACCCCACCAACUAUUCUUCAUUUUAUGCUUGGUAGAUUAGCAUAUUAUUUUCCAAUGGUUAGAAGUAUUCCGAUUGAAAUAAAUAAAAACUUUGUCAAUGCAUGUGCGGUUAUAGAUCGCGAAUCAAAGAAUUUGGUUAAAAGAAAACUUAAAGAAGCCGACAUUGGAGAAUUAAAAGGAGAUGAUUUGUUAUCUGUGUUAAUUAAUAUUAAUAAAACAUUACCUAUUGAAGAAAAAUUGACCGACGAAGAAUUAAAAAAUCAGAUUAUGACAUUCUUAUUAGCGGGACAUGAAACCACAAGUACUUCAACUAGUUGGGCUAUAUAUUUACUUGCACGACAUCCACAUAUGCAAGACAUAUUACGUGAAGAAAUAAAUAAAGCUUUUCCUGAUAAAUCAAAUUUUAAUCCUACAUUUGAUGAAAUUAAUUCCUUGGAAUAUUUAAAUGGCGUAGUUAAAGAAACUUUAAGAUUACAUUCUCCAGUUACCAUGAUUAGGAGAACUAAUAUUAAAGAUAAAGUUUAUGGGAAUUAUUUUAUUCCAAAGUAUACUCCAAUAAUGAUUUCAACUAUGGGACUUCAUAAAUCAACUGAAAUUUGGGGUCCAACAGCUGCUGAAUUUGAUCCAAAAAGAUGGUUGGAUCCUACUUUAACUAAAAAUAUAUCAAAUUUAAGUUUUUUACCUUUCAAUACUGGUGCAAGGGGUUGUAUUGGAAAUAAAUUAGCUUUAGCUGAAUUUAAAAUAUUAUUAAGUAAUUUAAUUAGAAAUUUUGUUUUUCGACCAACUGAUGAAGGAUUUCAAUCUAAAACUAGAACUUUCGUUUCUUCUAAACCUGAUUCACACUUUGAAUUCAAAAUUUCUAGAGUUGAAUCUUAA